UGGAAGGCUUUUUUUUAUUUAUUUAAAAAAAAAAAAACUUUUCUGUCAAUUAGCAAAAACCCAUUAAAAUUCCCACUCCAAUGAAAAAAGAGGAAAAAUUUCCCUUUUCUGCUCCUUUGUUUUCGUUCUUAUGGCUUUCAAAGAAAGGGCUUUCUGCAAAUUGCUAAUGGCAUUAAUCUGCUGGUGGAACUGUGAGUGAGCACUCAAACACAACCGUUUGCAAUUUCUCAAAUUCUGGGUCAGAAGGGUAUGUAAAUCAAGCUGAUUGUGUUCAUUAAUGGGUAUUGCUCAGCUUUUGAAUUUCCUUUGAAUAUUCUGCUCAAUUCUUCUUCUUUGCUUUGAUGUUGUGAUAACAAUGAAGAAUACUUCCAUUAUUAUCACUUCAGCAGAGACAAUUGGUAACAACCCUGAUCUCUUAACACAAAUCCUCCUCAGAUUACCCACAAAGCCUCUCCUAAAAUUCAAGUGCGUCUCAAAACAAUGGCUUUCUCUCAUUUCCUGCCCUAAUUUCUGCCUCUCCCACACUCGCCACCACCAAACCAAUGGCUUCCUCACACCCACCGCUCUUCUUGUCAAAGGGUACUACACGUUACCCUCUGAAUUCGAUAUGGUUCCUCUGAAGCAUAACAGUAGAGUACCUUUCUUUGAUUAUAUGAAUAAUGCCCCUAACAUCAAUGUUAUUCAGUCUUGUUAUGGGUUGUUUCUUUGUGAGUCCGUGGCUGAUAGUUCUAAAGAUAUCAUCUCUAGGUACUUUAUUUGUAACCCCACUACCAAGAAAUUCAAGGAGCUAUCUUUUCCUAAAAACCCAUUUCAGGGUUCUAAAUUUUAUGUUAGUAUGGCUUUUGAUCCUCUCAAAUCACCUCAUUACAAGAUUAUUUGCGUCCGCGAAGUGUCUGAUAAACCUUCCAAGUUUGAACUGGAUAUAUAUUCAUCUCAGACUGAUUCUUGGAGUCUCUCUAGAAUCAGUUUUGGUGUGACAGACUUUAUAUGUUUCGAGGAUGCUGUCUUCUGUAAUGGGAAGAUUCAUUGGAAUUGUCAUUUGAAGGAUUCGUUAUACUUUGAUGUAGCAAAAGAAAGAUUGGAAGUAUUGCCUAUGCCAAUACCAACUAUGGAGGCACCUAAGGAACGUAGUCAUUUGGGAGAGUGUGGAGGCGUUUUAUAUAUAGCAGUGACCUACUGCAUACUUGUUUGUUUAGAAUUUGAUGUUUUUGAGAUGGCAAGUGAUUAUUCUCAUUGGUUCCUGAAGCAUCGUCUGUAUAUUGGGGAUUUAGUGAAGGAUUUUCCUGAGAUUAUCUGGAGUUAUGAUUUUUAUUCUCCUGGAUUCUCUGAUGUGUGUAUUACUCAAUUUGGGAAAGAAGAAGAACCUAGGGUUGUGGUCUGGAUAGAGAAUAAAGUAAUUUUCUAUGACUUCAAGGAUGGGGCAUGGAAAUCGCUUUAUGAUUUAAGGCCAAGUGUCAACUUUGACUCGUUGGAUGAGUGUUAUCAUUAUUCUGAUUUGAUUUUGCCGUAUCAAAGUAUCCAUGCCUUUCAGUACUUUGAGAACCUGUCUUCUAUUUGAGGUUGUAUAUUUUGCUAGCACCAUAUCU